AUGCGGAUAGCCCUACCGCUCUACCUCGUCGCUACCAUCCUUGGCUUCGUCUACGCUGGGGAUGCACAAGACGAGGUAUGCCCGGCGCUAAGCCCCAUCCUUCAUUGGACAGCCCCAAAAUGCCCCGCGGCCGACGCGCCGAAGGUCAUUCCGCCAGCCGAAGAGCAAGACCUGCCAGGCUUUGAAGAAUGGAAGCGGCUCCAAGAAAGCCCAGAAGAGCCUACCCCUACCCCACUCCCCUCCGAGCCAGCCCUGACUCCCAGCCCGUCUCACACCGAGCGCCCGAUCUCCAAUCACAAGUACAACUAUGCCUCGCCCGAUUGUGGCGCACGCGUCCAUUCGUCGUCCAAGCUCAGCCAACACGCCUCGUCGGUCCUGCACAAAUCGCGCGACCGCUACAUGCUCACACCCUGCAAGGCGGGGGAGCACUGGGUGACCAUCGAGCUUUGUGACGAGGUCAGGGUGGAGGCGGUGGAGAUUGCCGUCUGGGAGUUUUUCAGCGGGAUCGUGCGGGAGGUCAGGGUCAGUGCGGGCGAGGAGGGCGAGCAGGUCGAGGUGGGGACGUUCGUGGGAAAGAACGUCAGAGGUGUCCAAGUCUUCACGCUGCCCACCCCCACAUCCUUUUAUCGCUUCCUCAGGCUCGACUUUUCCUCCUUUUACGGUUCAGAAUACUACUGCCCGGUAUCCCAAAUCAAGGUGUUCGGGAUGAACCAGCUCGAGGCUUUCAAAUGGGAACAGAAGGGCAAGGUGGAAGAGGUAGAAGUCAAGGUGGAAGAAAAGGUGGACGAAGCCGCGGUAGCGAGGCGGAAGGAGGAGGAGAUGCGGGAAAGGGAGCUGGGCGAACUGGAAAAGCUCGUUCAAGCACAGGCGAGGCGACACCAGGAGACCGAUGUUCUACCAAUUCUCGACGCCGGCAACAGCACCAAACCGGGUCGGCGAGACUCGGAAUCCAUCUAUGCCUUUAUCAUCCGGCGCGUCAAUGACCUCGAGGGAAAUUCAUCCCUGGUGGCGAGGUACAUUGACGAGCAGUCCAAAGCGAUGCGGACCAUGCUCAAUAAGACGGAGCGGGAAAUUCUGAAAAAGCUCGAAGUGGAGGAUAGGUCUCGGUGGGAGCAAGAACGUAUGCGCCAUGAGGAUCGUCUCGGCCGGAUCAUCUCUCAGCUCGAGCAGCAGCGAGCGGUACUCGAUCUCGAUCGGAAGAGCAUCGAGUCGCAACUUCGGAUUCUUGCAGAUGAGCUCGGAUUCGAGCGGCGGCGGGGGCUGGCUCAACUGUUCAUCAUCAUUGUCAUAAUCAUCCUCGGGGUGGCGUCGCGGAGCACCACAAUUGACGCGCUGCUUCAGCCGCUGCUUGCCGAGGCUAGGCGGCGAAAGCAGUCGCUUCGUCCUGAUCGUCGCAAAACACCCAUCCCUCGUUCCGCCUCUACAUCCGUCGACUUUUUCCCCCGCCCCAGAGCAUCCCUUCCUCGGCCAAUGCCGCAUCGGCGCAUCGCGCGGAACGCACAUCUGCACGCACUCAAACCCUCGCCCCGCGAGGUCGACUGGGCCUCGGCGUCGGAGGUGGACGAGGCGGAGGACGUCACCAAGGAGCUCAAGGAUAUCUGGAAUGCAUCCUAG